UAAAACAAACGUCAAAAUAAUCAAAAAAUUACAAAAUAAUUUAAAAUAUUUGUUUAUUUUGCUUGAGUUGUUUCGUAGUUUUUGAAUAUAAUAUAUUAAAUAUAAUUAAUAUUAUUGGAUUCGGAACAUUUAAAACAGAUGGCGGGCGAACAGAGACAUGUUUGGCGAAUUGUCCUUAGAAACUUUAUCAACUCAUUAAGGCCUCGCCAAAUUGUAGGAAAUAAAAUGGGCAAAGAUUAUAUAGGAAACCAAUACUAUGAAAUCCCGGCCAAGCCUCAAGAAGGCAAGAGGAAGCCCACUCGGUGGUAUGACCCCCCCAAAGGACAGGACUUUCAAGACCCAAUACCGGCUGAGUGGGAAGCAUGGCUUAGGUACCGCAGAACUGUGCCACCAACUGAAGAAGAAGUAGCCAGGAAUGUAGCUUUAAUGCAAAUGAAACAGGCAAAUGCAGCCCAGAUUGAGACCAAGCGGCUGGCGGAGGGAGGCUCCUUGCCAUCGAGACCGGACAAGGGAGCCGACUCCUUCCCCUCAUACCCUGACUUACAACCUGGAGAAAAACCUAAAUGAGAUUUUAGUAACAGAUAGGUAAUUUUAAAAUUAUUAUACUUACUUCAUUAUUUAGGUUGAGAACAUAUUGUGCUGCUGUAGAAUGUAGUGUUUAAAUAAAUGAAGUUAUUUAUUUUACUUAGUA